GAAGCUGGAUGGAGGCUUGAGGCUUGAAGCUUAAAAGCCCCUCGUUUACGCUCAGUCCACUAUUUAUCUCGGACUGCUGGCUUGCCGAGACCAGUUAGGCUCGGGCUUGGACCUCAAAGUUCUCGAGCACCGCUCGGUAUUGUCCUUCAGGCUCGGGAACAAAACGGUCUGUAUGUUUCGGGAUGCAUCAGAACAGGAACAUAUCAGCUGAUUGCAUAGUCAUGCUUUGAACGUGAGCAUCUCUGGAACUGACAAAUCAGGCCAGGAAGAGCCGGUGAUCGAUUGAGAGAUCUUGUGGAAUGUCGUGACAUUUGAUUUGGGAGUGCCUGUGAGAGAGUAUGUGAUGCCCAGUCUUUGAAAAAGCCUUGUGUGUGAGAAAGACAGAGACAUAUUUAGAAUACAAGGCAACCCCAAUCAUGGCACCUGGAGCCUUCUCCAUUCUUGCCCCGUUCCUGGGACGGAAAUCCAAGAAAUAUGAGAAAUUGCAGACAGAUGAUCCGGAGCGAAGGCGGCAGGAGGCCACUCAAGAGGAGAUCAACCGCUUGAAUAAUAAGAUCGAUCGCCUGGUCCAUUCCAUGUCCCGAGACGAUAUCGAAAAAGCCGACAAUCCCGAGGAAGAGUGUGUGGUCUGCUGUCAGGCACGAUCGGUGAUGCAAGUGGCCCCUUGUGGCCAUCAAUGCCAAUGCCGUCUUUGCUUCGUUCAGAACAUCCAGGACGCCGUGGCGAAUCGUGAUCUCCCACUUCGAUGUCUCAUUUGUAAUGCCAAGAUCCUGCGCGUCAAAAACAACUCUAAAUAUGGGAGUGGACAGGAUCACCCGGUUCACAAUGCGUUGACGGGUGCCCCCAAGUUCCCAAAGUCCGUAUCCGGAUAUUCACUUCAGCAGAACAAUGGGAUGCCUCAUUCGGCCUCCAACUACUCCAUGUCCUCGGGUGUAUCAUCGAUGAGCACGUCAAGUUUUGGAUCGGGAAGGUCGGUCAAAUCGAAUUCGUCGAUCAAGUCCAAUUCGAGUGUCAAGUCAAAUCAGUCAAAUUCUUCGUGGUUCUCGAUUGGAUCACUCUCAAACUUCCAAGCAGGGAAGCUCAUCGACAGCAAUACAUUCAGUAAACCACUAAGGGCACACUCGCUCUCAUCGGCGGGAAAAGCCCGCCCGAAACCACGCCCAUUGCCAGCCUCAGCGUCAAGCUCCUCUAUUAAAUCUUGGGCCAGUACAGCUCAGGAGGGCAAAGUCUCCUCGCCCUCCGGAAAAGAGAACGAGGCCAUAACUCCAGAGUCCGAUCGAUCCCUAACGAAUCAACAAUCCCCCAAGAGCAUAGAUAGCCGAAUCCGGGCCAUUCAAGGCUAUGUCCGCGUUCCAAUGGAUGGGGGAGACGAUGAGGACGAGAAUGUGGCUCCAUUUGCGACCUCUACCGAACAGGAAAGUAGCACCCAAGCGCCCUCUGGUGUUGCCAAUGGCAAAUCCCGUUUGCAAAUGACGCGAGACAAUUUUAGGAGGUCAAAUUCGGAGGGAUCUCAACCUCAGGCGUCACAUCCUAAACCAGGGUUGCUUCGCAGAUUGAGUGCGAAUGAUAAACACCAUUCUCGACGUUUCUCCAAAUCUCCAGAAUUGGCCGAAACCACCUUCACCAUGACCACCAUAGAAGAGGAGAAUGAGAUCAGCAUCAGUUUGAAAAACCUUGCUCAAACUUCCAAAGAUGACGACAAAUCCGGAUCGACCAAUUGAUACCCAAACUAGCUUGUUUUGCAUGCGUACCUUUACCCGUGUUUAUGAACCCUAAAACACACGCACACACACUCCCUUUUCUAAGCAUUUUGACCGUUAGACAAUUUAUUACCCUUAAGGACUUUGCUACCAUCAAAGCUAGAUUUGAGCUCAUGGAAUAGCUAUUUAUUCAAUGGCAGUUGCUUUCUUUGCAUGAAGUUUAUAAAAAUGAGGCUUGAAUAAAGACACCUUGAAAGAGUUCGCAUUUUCAUGCUAACCAGUUUCAAACAAGAAGGCAUAAAAAGGCAAGGAAGUUUGGAGUGUUGACCAUGUAAUGAAAUUUUGAAAUCCAAACUUGAAUAAACUUCAAGCAAAGAGAAUGACUACCAUUGAACACACAGUUUUCUUUCGCGAUAACAUGUUUCCAAGGAAGAAUCUUUACUCUAAACAAUUAGAGGCCAAAGUUUGAUUCGUCGAAAUUUUUCUCUUUACUAGUGAUAGGAAACUUACAUUCCAGUCACUCGUAAAUAGGGAGUUAUGGAAUAAAGUUUCCAACAAUUGCGGUUUAUUUCCUUUGCGUUGUAGAGAGUCAAUAUUCUAUCCAUGAGAAACGGUUUUCAUAAAAGGAAAUUGGCAUAUUGAGUGCCCCUUACUUUCAAACAUUGGAUUAUUAAUCAAUUGGAAUUAGUAAUCAAGGUCUCCAAUCAGCUUAUCUGUCAUAGCAUGUCCUGAGUGAUACUUGAAAGUUAUGUAUUUCUUUUACAAAUUUGCAUUGAUUAGGGGGGAUAAUUUGUUCCUCUGUAACAGAAAAACAACCCUAGAUCUAAACAAAAUCAUUUUUGUCACCAUUUUACCAUUGUCACCAUGAGCGAAACUGUUUUGAAAUAAUCAUUAGACAAUCUCAUCUGCUCAAUAUCUCAAGGCUAUUUCGAGAUAUCGGAUACCGAGCAAUUGCCACAAUGUCUCUCAAAAAAAUAGAUGGGAUAUCAAUGGUGGAGAAUUCAUGCUGGUCAAUAAACUAUCACGUUUCAAGACCACAAAUAAUGAAUUGCAUUUUUCUAGAUGUUAGGGGCAUUCUCAUGUAACAAUUGCCAUACCAGAGCCGUGUCUAAUUGAAAUUGAUUGGUUCUAGCACAAGUUGCUUUUCUAUCUCAGAUAAAAUGAAAAGCCGCGUUUUUAGGCUGUUCGGUUGUGCAUAAACCAUACCAGUUCAGUUGGACCUGCUUAUAAUGCUCGCUUGAUCAGGAUUCCACUUCUUGCACCCUCUCAAGACUUUUAGAAGCACUUCCUCCUGUAAUCGCUCAAGAAGUCUCGUCCCCGAGUAUAAAUAUAUAUAUACAUAUAUAUAUGUGUGUUACAAAAAUUCAUGAAAAUGAUGUUACCUAUUGAAGUUAAACACUGGAACCACGCAAUAAAUCCUAAAAUAGA